GUGUAAUAAACUAUCCUCUUUGUGUUUAAAGUUGGGCAACGGGAUAUUCUUCUUUUUCUUCUUAUCGUAGUAACUUGUCGAGAAUGGCAUACUGUCGCCGAUUUCAUCUACCAACCAUAAUGGUUCUGUGGUUGGCUUGCAAUGGCGUUGCUGACGGAACUAACACCAUGUGCCCGGUUUCGUGUGCCUCUCGAACCUCCGAUAGAGGAAAACGCCGAAUUUCGUGUUUUGCCGGUUGCGCCACUGACCAAAUACCAAUCGAGAAAAUCGACUCGAAAGUAGAAGUGCUGGAAAUACUGAUUUCGGGCGAGAAAAGGCACUGGUUAACUGUGGCGCCGGUUUUUCAGCACUUCAAGUUCCUGGAAGAGUUAUACAUUCGGAACUCGAGCAUCAGUCAAAUCAGUAUGCACGCGUUCUGGGGAGUGCCAAGCCUUAAAGUGUUGAACUUGAGUUUAAACAAUAUAAGCAAUGUGUUAGAUCACAACUUCCGCGGCCUUCUUAAUCUUGUCGAACUAAACUUGGACGAUAAUCGGAUAGUGUCGCUGCAAAGCGGAGUGUUCAAACAUCUUACGGAAUUAAGGAUAUUGAGUUUGCAAAGGAAUUUACUGAAGGAAUUAGUGCCUAAAACAUUCCUCAAGUUGACCAAAUUACAUGUGCUCAAAAUUAGCGGAAAUAAGUUCGAGGACCUUAAUCCAGAAGCUUUUAAGGAGAUUCCGGAACUACGAAUGUUCGAGUGUCGCAACUGUAGCCUUCGAAGGAUCAACACUCAGAUAUAUCAUCUACUGCCAUAUCUAACGCUUCUCGACCUAGGAGACAACGGGAUCCAGUUCUUAUCCAACGACGAGUUCCAAGACCUUCGGCGACUACAUAGCCUCAAGCUAGACGGGAACCUCCUGUCUGUCGUUUUAGAAAAUAUUUUUAUAAAUCAGCAGCAACUAAAGUUUCUGACGCUGGCCAGAAACCGGAUAGUUAAAAUAACUGACUACGCCUUAAAAAACCUCACCAGUCUAGAGGAUUUGGACAUAAGCUACAACAAACUGAACAAACUAGAAGCCAUUGUUUUUACACAUAUCACGAAAACUUUAAAAAGGAUUGUCCUGAGCGGCAACAACUUAAACUUAGACUUAAUCUAUAUGGUGAUCGAAAUUUUGCAUAGUUUAACGGACAUUGAACUGGCCCAGAUGAAACUUGAGGUGAUCCCGGAGCACUUUUUUCCAGCACGAAUACGAAAACUCGAUAUUUCAAGGAACAACUUCAGCGAGAUAACUCGCAGCGUUAUUCCCAAACAAUUGGUCUAUCUAAAUAUCAGCAAAAAUAGGAUUAAAGGUUUCAACGAGGCGACGUUGGCAACACUGGAAGGUAUUAAGACGGUGGACGUUACUGGGAAUCCCUGGAAUUGCAAUUUGUGCGACAUAAGUGCCGUUGUGUUGCGUGCAAACAAAUCGGUUUUGUUCAAGCAAAGUGUUUGCUCUUCACCUAGUAUAAUGAGGGGCAAAAAAUUAAUCUCUCUUAACAUCCACCACCUUCCAGGAUGUAGUACGUCGGGCGAGAGUGACAAUGGCGGAAGCGGAUGGCUCUCAAUUGUUUAUAUGACCGCGGUAGCUUUCUCCGUACCCUUAAUAGCCGUCGUGGUGUACGCGUGUAUUAAAAGACGCAACCAACAACCCCUGGCAGUGGACGAUACUACGAAAAGAACUACCGAACUUGAAGGUUACGGCAUGGAGCUCGCGACUGCUGUUUUCAUUAAGGAGCAGAUUUCGUUUCAGUUUCCGUUAAAUCUAAUGGAAAGCAAAAUGUCUGUGUCGACGAUUGACGAUGUUAAAAAGCAGAACGGGAAAGAUUUGCUGAGCAACGGAAGAGCCGCGGGACUUUAA